GACUAUAAUUUAAUGUAACAAUUUACUAACAAUGUUUAAUGUUGAUUUACAUAUUGCAUUAGAUCGUGGAGACCAUGUCUUAUACGGAUAAAGUGGCCAAUUUUCUGGGAAGUUUGGAUACAUUUUAUGAGAGCGUUCCUCAGGAGGAUUUGGAGCUACUUGUUGGCCCUGUUUUAGAGCGGAUGCGUUCGCAACCUGGUUCACCAUUGUCCGGUUCACCCUUGGCAUCGAGAGAAACAUCGCCACACAGGGUUUGUAAUAUGACUAGGCACAUCGCGAGUAGUUUAGAGACUAGUCCAGCCAGUAGUAACAGUGCGAGUCCAUUACCACCGGACACUGACGGCGAGGAGGAAGAAUUCAUAGAUACCGUCGAAACUGCUCCGGAACGAUCGCAAAAGGAAACAAUGAAAAUUUCUACUUCGAGCCAGAAAGUAUCGAACGGAAUAAACGUUAGCAAUGACGCAUUUAACGAGCUAGUCGUUUCAAAGGAGAAUUCUUCGGAAUUGACUAAUGGAUACACCAAUAUAAGUGGUUACAUGGAGACAGUAGUAGACAGUAAACAAGAAAGGAGCAGACAAAGGAAUAAGCGAGAUGAAAAAUCAAAUGUUGAUUUUUUUAAUCAAGUAGCCACAACUAUGCAAAAUUUACAAAGGGACUUGGACAGAAUAACAGCUAGAGUACGCAGCUUAGAAGGUCAGGCAUUACAUGCGUUAGCGCCGCAAAUCAGACAGCCUACAACAAGUCCAUACUCGAAAUGGUGGCCUUUACCGGAAUGUUCUCCGCGAUUAUUCGCUAUAUUAAUUCUGUGGCCGUUUAUUGCACAGUUUUUAAUUUUAUUCGCGCAACGCUAUCGUCAGCGGAGACUGUGAUCUAAAUGUUGUUGUUUUGUUUAAAACUUAUUCCACUACUUAUCAUUAAGUAACAUUAAACACAAACAACACGAUAAUUUGUAGGUAUGGAUGUAUAGAGGCGUUCUUUUAAGAACCGUAAAUUCGAAAAUGAA